AUGGAUUCGACUUGCCACCAUCUGCACCAACACCUCUUUCCACCAACCCAACUAACCCCACAGCACCCACACCCUUCGCCAUCCAGCGUGCUGCAUCAACCAUCCGCUCUGCCCUUAUCUUCCGCCACCGCCUCCUCAAUGGCCUGAUCCCUGCCGACGCCACGAAACAAGGGCCCAUCUGUAUGGACACAUGGAGGUGGAUGUUUGACGCGUGUAGGGUUCCUCAUAAACCCAGUGACUAUGCCCUCAGUUUCUCGCCGGCUGAAAAGUCGCAGGAAGUGGGCAUUGACGGCCACUUUAUCGUCCUCCGAAAGAAUCGUCCCUGGAAAGUUCCGAAUACAGUUGUCGACGCCAAGACAAAAUCGAGAAGGCUACUCUCCACUGCGGAACUCGAGGCACAGUUGCGGUAUAUCGUGGAGCAAACUACCAACACCGCACCAGCUGUGGGUAACUUGACGGCUAGCGAUAGGGAUUCUUGGGCAGAUGAUUACGAAGCGUUGGCAUUAAUCUCUGAACAGAAUAAGGGCGUCGUUCACGACAUUCAUUCGGCGGCUUUCGUAUUGUGCAUCGACGAUGUCUCACCCGAGCCAUCCGCCCAGCCUUCAAAGGGCCCCAACGGAAACGGGACAUCCUAUUCGACAGCUUCGGGUUCUGAUCCUGUUUCCUUCUCGAGAUGGAUGGACAAACCUGUGCAAUUCAUCCUGGCUCCAAAUGGCGAAAUGGGUAUCGUUGGCGAGCACUCGGUUAUGGACGGCACACCCACCACGAGGAUGUGCGAUGAAGUCUUGGAUGCCGUCUACUCUCCCUCUUUUGACCAUGGACCCACCUCUAUUGUAGAUGCCAAACCUACACCCCUCGAUUUUGACGUCACACCCGAGUUGGAACAGAGGAUUGCUGCUGCCAAGACGAGGAGUGACGAGCUUGUGGGAAGCCAGGCUUUAACUUAUCACCUCACGGAUUAUGGAAAGGCCGAGAUUAAGACGUAUGGUGUUGGACCUGAUGGAUGGGCACAAAUGGUCGUUCAGUUGGCUUACGACAGGUGGUGCCUAAAGCAAG